AUGGAUAAAGCCGUGAAAACCCCGAAGGGAACUCGCGACUACGUGGGAAGCGACAAGAUUAAGCUGGACAGGAUCAUCGAACAAGCAGAGAAAGUGUAUAAGUCCAUGGGAGGAAUCCCCUUCGAUACGCCUUCUUUCGAGAUAAAGUCUACCCUCACGCAAAAAUACGGAGAAGAGUCUAAGAAGCUCAUUUACGACCUCGCAGAUCAGGGCGGUGAAAUAUGCGCCCUAAAAUACGACCUGACAGUUCCCCUCGCAAGAUUCCUGGCAAUGACUAAGACCCAGAAAAUCAAGAGAUUCCACACGGAUAAAGUCUACAGAAGAGAUCAGCCUGCCCUAAACAGGGGAAGAUACAGGGAAUUCUACCAAAGUGAUUUUGACAUUGUAGGGGAAUACUCCCACAUGGCAGCAGAUGCUGAAAUAGUCUUUUCCGCCUGUGAGAUUCUGCGGGCUUUCUCUGGGGAAAUUUCCAGGGACAUUCUCGUGAGAAUAAACCACAGAAAACUAGUCGAUGGAAUUAUGUCUCUCUGCGGGAUAGAAUCGGAGAUUCGCAGGGAUAUCUGCAGCAGCAUAGAUAAGCUGGAUAAGAUCCCGUGGGAAGAUGUAGCCCUGGAAAUGCAGAGUAAAGGGGCUUCUUCAGAGAGUAUUCAGGAAAUCAGGAAAUUCACUCUCGUAAAAGGCAGCAUUCAGGAGGUUAUUCGGGGAAUUCCGGAACUGGCUCGGGCUGAGAGUGAGGCCGUGCACGAUCUGAUGCGGCUUGACGAGUUACUCUCGCUCUACGGGGUCGGAGAAAGCGUAGUUCUGGAUCUGAGCCUGAUCCGGGGCCUGGAGUAUUACACGGGACUCCUCAUAGAGGGCGGAUACGUGGGACUGGAGGGAUCUUUCGUCGCAGGAGGAAGAUACGAUGGACUGGCAGAUGCCAUGGGGGCUAAGCGCGAGAAGAAGAGCAGCAAGCCCAAAGAGAGUAACUGUCAACAGAUGGAUAGUAGUAGUAAAAACACUAAUAACAAGAGUACUUGUAACUGUCAAGAGAGUAACUGUCAAAAGAUGGAUGGUUGUAAUAGUAGUUGUAAUCCUGAUGAUACUGCUGUGGAAGCACUUUGUGAUGGAGUGAAAAAUCUAAAGUGUACAAAAACCCCAGAAAAAUGCAGAGUUUUAAAUACAUCUAGUUCGAGCGUAAAGUGCGUGGGGAUGAGCCUGGGCGUAAGCAGACUCUUCAGCGCCCUCGAGGGACCGGAGAGGAAGACGUACACGGAAGUGCUCGUAUGCUCUGUGGGGUCGAACCUUCUCAGUGAAAGAGUCAGAAUGUGCCUUCUCCUGCGAAGGAGCGGAAUCAACGCAGAAUACUUCAUGGGAGAGAGCAACAACUUCGCACGGCACAGUGAAUACGCGGAAAGUGCAGGAAUAGGCACUCUCGUCCUCAUCGGGAGAAAAGAGAUAGAGACGGAGACGUAUCAGAUCAUCUCAGGAGAGAGAAACAGCAGGAAGAAAGUGCCAGUGCACAUAGACAGAAUAGCCGAGUACAUCAAGGGAAUGCGAGAGCCAAAAAAUGAAUAA